CGCUUCAAUCUAGAUUUAACAGGUAUUCACUCGCUCGUAUUGCCUCCCUUAUGCAUCGCGUAACUUUUCUAUAAAAUCAUUCACCCCUGGAAGACGAAAAGGCCACAAGACUCUCGGCUGAUCUAAUGCGUAUGGUAGCUUUGUCACAGUUGAGUUGAUAAAAGACAGAUAUUCCAGGACGAACCGAAAAAAAAACGUGCAGGUAAAUACAUUUUAGGGAGAUACAGAGGGGAAAGCCAACUACGGAAAAGUACACAACCUACGCCUACAGAAAAUACAUGGAAAGAUACCUGCGAAAUUCUGAUGCGUAAUAGCCAGAAAAUCAGGACACAUUUGUUUCUAUUUAAACGGAAGUCUUGUUAUACGGACCGCUGCCUACAGUUUUAUCGUACUGUCUAGAUAUCAACAAAGUUCAUCUUUAUUGCAAACUUUCAGCUACAAAGCCAGUGACUAUUUUGGAUUCUUACCCACGGUUUAAUUUUAGGGAGAGGCAGCAGGGAAGGGAGGCACAAUAGAUCUAUUUAUAAUAUUUAUCUAAAAAAAAUUGCAAGACUGGCUGAAAUAUGAUGUACAGUAGAGACGAGGAGAGAGAGGGCUUUAUCGUACAACUGAUAAUUCCCCUCGUAUAAUCUAAGAUUGAAUAUUGUUGACAGAAAUAUUUUCUCUCAUUCAGAAAAAAGGAAAAAAAAACAAAAGAAAAAGGGCAGUCUAACAAAUACACUGGUGUGUCCGAGAAAGCUCCAUUAAGUUUCGGAAUUGUAUUUACCUUUUAUACAACACUCUCUUAAGAAGCAAUCUGACGUGGACACGCAUCUUUAUUUUAACAUUUACUAAUCUCUUCCACGUUGUCUCUCAAAUCAGAGCUGGGUCAUUGCAUUUGUCCACCAUCCUGACCUCUGACCUUGCCAUCUGAUUGGCCAAAAGUUCCUCUCUAGAGUGGUCACUAAUGUCCGGCCUCGCACGGACAGCAAAUACUCUAAUUUAGCGACAAGGUUGGGGUCAAGGCGCUUUGGGAGUGGAGAGUGGAGAACGCGCUAAAACGGACGCCUCUAAAAACCACAUUGAAAAACACAGGUCACAUCAGGGGGCACCUGGUAACGGGACACAGUUAGUGCAAGGUGCAGCCAGUGCUGAACAGUUCGGGAGGGAGACGAUUUAAAAAGGACAGUCGGAAAAUUCCUACCCAUUCCGAAAGUGGUCACCUGCACGGUGAUAAUCUACCCGGAGAAGUUUUAUACACAUCUUACUGCACGGACAUAAAAGAAACAUAGCUCUAGGCUUAGGAGUGGGGAAAAACUUGAAGACAGGAAUCCUUAACGCAGUAAAGAGCACGGACAGGAAAGGGACAAAAAAGAAAACGCGUUUUUCACGGACAGCAACGGGGAACAAAGAAAGCACAAUUUUAUAAAGAAACUACGACGAAUUUUUUUGAAAAGAAUCGAGGAUGAAUUUUGACGAUAUUCUCUCUGUCAUCGGAGAGUGGGGCGCGUUUCAGUACACGGUGGUCGUUCUCAUGGGACUGGUGGGGAUUCCCACGGGACUUCACACCCUCGCCCACCUCUUUUUGGCAGGAAACCCGAACCACUGGUGUACCCUGCCGUACGCUGGUCAAAACUGGACACUGGCGCAAAAAAAAGCCGCUGGAAUUCCUUUAGAGGAGCGAGAAGGACAAAUGGUUCCCAGUCAGUGUGAAAGAUACGAGAAGUCUGUCGUUAAUACGUCGAUCGCUUCGGCUGCCCAGGGAAUUUCUGCGUUGGUCGGAGACGCGGGUUGGAACGGCACGGAGACGACGUACAACGUGGGUGUGUCGUCACACGUCUUUAACAGAACAGUGGUGGCGGAGUGUGGGUCCUGGGAGUAUGACAAUGCUGACUUCACUUCUACGAUAGUGACGGAGUGGAAUUUGGUAUGUGACAGAGGCUGGAUGCGUGCCACAGCUCAGUCUAUCUACAUGGUCGGGUUUAUGGUUGGAGCGGUGGGAUGUGGAGCCCUCUCGGAUCGCUUCGGCCGUGUGAAGAUGCUACUGGUGUGCAUAGCAUUUGAAGUAGUUACCGGUGUCGUGACUGCAUUCGCCCCGGAAUACUGGAGCUUCGUCUUUCUGCGCAUGCUCGUUGGUAUGUGCGCUGGCGGGUCUUUCACUAUAGCGUUUGUCGUAGUGAUGGAAUCUAUAGGCGUGAACCACCGUAUGAUUCCCGGUAUAUUCAUGCAGGCCUGGUUCGCACUUGGUUUUAUGAUCCUACCGGGGAUAGCCUACUUUAUCAGGGACUACUUCACGCUGCAGCUGGUUAUUUCAGCCCCAGUUGGUCUGAUAUUGUGUUAUUACUGGAUAGCAGACGAGUCACCCAGGUGGUUACUGUCACAGGGAAAGCUAAAAGAAGCGGAUGCCAUCAUCAACAAAGCUGCCAAAAUGAACGGAAACACGUUGACAGAAUCACUCGUUUUCUCAAAGCGUUUUGAGGUUGAAUAUGGCAACAAGUCUGCGCUGACGGAGGACAGAAGAUACACGUUCAUCGAUUUGGUGCGCUAUCCUAACAUGAGGAAGAAGUCUUUUAACAUAUUUUUCAACUGGUUCGUGAACUCCCUUGUCUACUACGGUCUCUCGCUAGGAUCCGGGUCUCUGGCCGGGAACAUGUACCUGAACGUGUUCCUGUCAGCGGCAGUGGAGAUCCCGGGCUACAUCCUGGCGGCUGUUGUAUUGGACCGUAUAGGACGGCGCUGGCCUCUGACUGGCUCUCUGGUUAUAGGGGGCGUGGCCUGUCUUAUCACGACGGCAAUACCACGUGAUCUCAAAGUCCUCAUGAUAAUCUGUACACUCAUAGGAAAACUCGCCAUUGCUACGUCCUUCGCCAUUAUCUAUGUCUUCUCUGCGGAACAGUUCCCCACCGUCAUCAGAAACGUCGGCGUGGGGGCCGGCUCCAUGUGCGCACGCGUGGGGAGCCUGAUAGCACCGUUUGUGGCAGACUUGAAUAAAAUAUGGGGCCCGCUACCUUAUCUAAUAUUUGGGAUCACUUCCGUUAUCGCUGGUAUUCUGGCUCUCCUAUUACCAGAGACGCUGCACCAUCGCUUGCCGGAUACCAUAAUAGAGGGGGAGAACUUCGGCAAGUACAGGGAACUCAGUUUCAAGAACCUGCUGGCUUUCAAACAGGUCCAUUCCUCCAGUGACGAAAGUGAAACUGCCGCUAGCGACAGCAGCGAGUGCAUCCCCAAGCUGAAGGAAGAAGAGGUGAAAUUUUCUUUGGAAGGCAACGAAAGGGACACCGAAGAAUUUUCACCAGUGUAGGAAAACACUAGUAAAUUAACACAGGUCGGUUGAAAAUGCUGAAUGGGCAUACUGCUGAGCAGAAAUACCAGUGGAACUGAAAACAGGUUUUAUGAAUGAGGAAAAAAAAUAUGCUAGCUAGCAAGCUGUAGCAUUUGUUUUACACACGCGGUGCGUGUAUGUACCCUUGCCUAUUUGGGACUGGUAUUAUAAACCGGUGUGGCAGGAAAGUUAGUCCUUGGAAUGGAAGCCCGGGAUCACAUAUGAUAAGUACAGUUUAGGGUUAGUCGGUGUAUUGUGGUUAGCAUAUGGGACGAAUGUCAUCUGUACAAAAUAAUGGUACCCUGAGCUUCAGAUAUAACUUGAAACAAAACUCUUCACUAUAGCAUGCCCUUACUGUUUCAAGUUGAAACGACAAGGGAAUGCUAUAGUGUGGUUUAUUAUUUGUUUCAAGUUCUCUCUGAAGCUCAGGGUGGGUAAUGAAGGGCAGACUACGGUUCCUAUCUGACUACCAUUCCUUUAUUAUUAGUUAAUACUACAGCUACGAGUAUGUCAUGAUCAGUUAGUCACUGAAGGGCUAAUGAAAGAUGAACACAUUCAUGUAAAUGUAGGCCUACCUUGGGCUGUACCUGGUGUGUGUUUAACGUGUGAGUGGAACAUCGCCAUGUUGCACAAGAUCAGUUGAAUCCAUUCCACUAACACAUCCGGAAAUAUCAGUUUGGGGUUUUUGGUUCGUGUGUGUGUGUGUGUGUGUGUGUGUGUGUGUGUGUGAGAGAGAGAGAGAG